AUAAAAUAUCCCCCGCGCGCCCACGUCCAAAUGGAAGAUUUAAUAUAUUAUUAUCUCGACGUCUCCCCAUUAAUAGUUCCUCAUCUCUCUCAACCUUCACUCACCACUUACCCAACAACCAUGGCUUUCCUCUUCUUCCUCCUUGCUCUCCCCGUCAUCCUCUUCAUCCUCCUCCAAACCAACCGACCCAAAAAACCAUCCAACCUUCCACCCGGUCCGCCCGGUCUACCCAUCAUCGGCAACUUGCUCCAAAUCGACAACUCCUCCGUACACCGCUCCCUCGCCCAACUCUCCCAAAACCACGGCCCUCUCAUGUUCUUGCAAUUGGGUUUCGUCCCAAGCAUAGUAAUCUCCUCGUCCAAGCUAGCCAAAGAGGUCAUGAAAACGCAGGACCUCGCUUUCUGCAGCCGGCCAACUCUAACCGGUCAGCAGAGGCUAUCCUACAACGGGUUGGACCUAGUCUUCUCCCCCUACGACUCUUACUACACCGAGAUGAGGAAAAUAUGCAUGGUCCACCUCUUCCACCCGACCCGGGUCCAAACCUUCCGACCCAUCAGAGAGUACGAGGUCUCGCAGAUGAUCCACAAGAUAACCUCCAAGAUCGGUUCAACCCCCGACAAACCGGUCAAUUUGAGCGAGGCCAUGAUGUACUUGACCAGCACUAUAAUUUCGAGGGUCGGGUUCGGGAAGAGAUACGAGGAAGAAGGGAUCGAAAGGAGUAGGUUUCAAUCGUUGCUGAAUGAGAGUCAGGCUAUGUUCACGAACUUCUUUAUUGGUGAUUAUUUCCCUUAUAUGGGUUUUGUGGACAAGCUCAAUGGUUCGACCGCUCGGCUUGAGAAAAAUUUUAGAGAGUUUGAUGACUUUUACCAGGAGGUCAUAGACGAACGCCUGGAUCCAAAGAGAGGGAAAACUCCAGAGCAGGAAGAGGACAUACUCGAUGUGUUGUUGCAAGUCAUGAAUGCUCCUUCCUCCAAAGUCCAACUAACUUUCAACCACGUCAAAUCACUCCUCAUGAAUGUAUUUCUUGCAGGGACAGACACGGGCGCUGCCACAGUGGUAUGGGCUAUGAGCUUCCUAAUGAAGAACCCAGAGACAAUGAAGAAGAUACAACAAGAAGUCAGGAGCUCGAUUGAAGCCACCAAGGGCUUCGUGAACGAAGACGAUCUUCACCAACUAUCAUUUCUGAAAGCUGUGGUUAAGGAGACGUUCAGAUUGCAACCCACAGUUCCGCUCUUGGUCCCUCGACAAACCACUGAGAAGACUCGAUUGGACGGCUAUGAUAUCCCAGCCAAGACCCUCGUCCAAAUCAACACAUGGGCCAUUGGGAGGGACCCUGAAGUAUGGGAGAGCCCAGAGGAGUUCAAGCCCGACAGAUUUUUGGACAACUCUUCGAGUACUAGUACUGUUGAUAUUUUUGGGCAAAGCUUCGAGCUUACCCCGUUUGGAGCUGGGAGGAGGAUAUGCCCUGGCCUUCACAUGGGCCUUGUCACGGUGGAGCUCGCGCUGGCGAAUUUGGUGUACAAAUUCGACUGGGAAAUGCCGGUUGGGAUGAAGAAAGAAGACGUGGAUAUGGAGGUGAUUCCGGGUAUUACCAUGCACAAGAGGAAUCAUCUCUGCCUUGUAGCUAAAAGGCCUAUAAUAUGAAAAAUAUUAUGUAACGAUAGCUCUCAGUUUGUAAUGUUGGGGAUGAAUAAUAUAUAACCAAUGGAUGUGAGUAUGUAAUGUAAUCCUACAUUAAUAUUACCUUCUGAUGAUCAUUUACACCUAUAGUCUAUAGAGUUCUGCUAGUGUCUAAUAAAUUAUUAUAUUAUUA